ACGCGACGUAAUCACUUCCUCUUUGAGCGGGCUCACAAUGCGCAGUGCACAUAAGAGAGGCCGUCUCAAUGUCACGGAAUUCAAAUUGACACAGCGCACCGGCAUAGCGCGGGGGGUGCUUACGGCUUGUGUGGGUGGAGCGGGAGCCUCACUGCGGCCAGGAGGAGGAGGAGGAAGCAGCAACAGGAGCAGCAGCAGGAGCAGCAGCAGGAGACGACUGCGAGAAAGAUGGACCACGUAGAGGCAAUCAUAUUCGACCUGGACAACACUCUGGUGGACACGCAGGGAGCGGAUGUCAAGGCGUACGAAAAGAUCCGCAAGUUGCUGCAGUCGGAGCGUCCGGGCCGUGACCCGGAGCCGGUGGUGUCUCACUUCCGCCGCGCACUGGCGCUCAUGCCCAGCGACCCCAACGCGUCCUUCCCGUCCACGGACGCGUGGCGCAGGGAGUUGUGGGCCCGCGCCCUGCUCGCCGACCUGCCCUCCGACCCCGUGGCCGCCGCCGCACUGGCGCCCGCCUGCUUCGCGCUGUGGAACACGACGCGCCUGCAGAACAUGCGACUGAGCGAGGCGGCGCACGCCAUGCUGCUGAGGCUGCGCGCGAGCGGCCGCUACCGCCUGGCGCUGCUCACCAACGGCGACGGCGCCACGCAGCGCGCCAAGGUCGAGGCCUGCGGCUGCGCGGAGCUCGUGGAUGUCGUGGUGUUCGCCGGCGAGCUGCCCGAGGAGAAGCCGGCGCCCUCGGCGUUCCACGCGUGCUGCGGGCUGUUGGGCGCCAGCCCCUGCCGCUGCGUCAUGGUGGGAGACAGCCUGGAGUGCGACGUCCGCGGGGCGCAGGCGGCCGGAUUCGCCGCCGCCGUGUGGGUGCGCGGCUCGGUGGCCCGAGAGACGAUCGUCGACAGGGACGGCGGCGAGGGAGAUGGAACGCGCUGCCGCAGGUUCCCGGUGCGCUCCGUCGUGGAGCUGGAGGACGUCCUGCGGGAGUUGGAAGCGGGGACGCCGCGGCCGUGAGCUGUCGCCGGAGGUCAUGGGUCUCGGUUUGCCGACCCGCGAGCUGCGACGGACGGUGCGUGUGUCACAGUUUGCGGUGUUGAGUCGUUAUGGGGCAGACAAAGCGGUCAUGCGUUCUAAUUCCGCUGACUUGUUUUUUUUUAUCCUCACCAUUGAGCUUGCAUAGGUGCGACCACCACCAGCAUUAAACAGGUUCAUUAGGGCUGCGGUGCUACACUGUGGGCAGCAGAGGGCGGCGCGACGAUAGCCAUUGCUGUAUUGUACUCCCACGUGUGUGUUCCUCACGUUCUAUCAACUCGCAUUGACCAGCUUGGUGACGUGGGGUCAAGUAAUAAGCCACAUGACCCGCUUGCUGUGGGGAGUCCCUCUUAUUUCGUUUUGGAGCUGGCCGGAUUGGUGGUGUGGUUGAACGUGGUGGUGUGGUUGGACGUUGUGGGUCAAUUCAAAUCGUGGCCUGGGGCCAACUCAGCCCAUCGUUGCAUCACGGCCGAUACUUUGUGUGGUAAUUCAAGUGGCCAUGGAGAGACUGUGACCCCCCUCCAUAGGAAUAUGGAAUUUCUACCACUGGCUCAGGGUUUUUAAUGGACAUGACUACUGACUGUCCCUAGGCUCAUUCAAAGCGAACCGAGGAUCUCGAUGGUGCUGGCUCAAGACUGUGGCACGGGCUUUCGCAACGGCACCCUCAGCCACCCAGCCAUGUCCACAUACAAAGCAAUAAUGCGCCUCCUCCCGACCCAGUCACCCAGCAACCGAGCUGAUUUGUUUCUCUUAACGUGUAACGUAGCCGUUGGUUGAAUAGUUUUCAACCGUAGUCUUUGUGUGUGUUCAUGUUUGUGUGCUCAUCGGUACGUGUUUGUGCAUCUGCUUCAGAGCUAAGCUAUCCGAUUACAUAAAUUAAUGAUUACGACACCUUUUAUCGAUUUAAUUACUAAUUGGAUGGCACGAAACUAUUUUGGGGGGCGGUGGUUGAAAGUUUCAACUCUUACUAUCAAGUGCUGUUGGACGGGAGGUGAUGGAUGGGCUUUGGUGAUGGCAUUGGCACCAUCAACCGCGCCACGCUAAGCGUGGCCUGGAGGGGGUUUCCUGCCUUCAGUCGGUACGUCGUUGGGGAGGUGCAGGUAAUGAACCACGUAUAAAGUAGUCGAUGGAAAUGUUACAUUCGCCAUGACCGACUUAAUCGAAUGGCCCAUCCCACGUAGAGCUUUUAUUGUACACUGGUGUCGAUCACAAAUUAAAUUGUUCUGAAGCAUCAAGCCACUCCUAAACUGUCACGUGACCCACUGCUUGCUCUUCUGCUCUAGCGUUCAAAAGGCCACGUGAAGGUUUUGCAGAGCCCUCACUGUUGUAAAGAUUUACUCGAGAAACCACUUGCACAAUGUGGCUUUUGUCUCGGAGGAGGAGGAGGUAGUUACCCAUUCACAAUUUGGGAGAUUUUACCAUUUUAGUAGUAGCUGAUUUUUAGGUGCUUAAUUAUAGAUAUUUUUUUUUUCACAGAGCUUCCAAUUUGUAUUAUGAAUAAACACGAAUUGUGUGGGUGGUUUUUGUAGCAAGUGGGGGGAGUGGGGAUACUCUUUCACCAAGUGUUGUAACAUUUAGAAUGGGCGACUACCUCCUACUUCCCUGCAAGUGUGUCCAUGUUGAUCGCUAUCCUAUAGGCCUACCAUAUAUAUACACACAAUCGAGGCACAUAUACCGUGGUUAAUGUACAUGUAGCAACUAAAAUGGCAUUCUUAAUUGUAUUGAAGAUUUUGGGCUAUAAAAAUUUAUGGUGUAAAAAAAAUUUGGUACUUUUAAUAUAAUUCCGUGGUUUCGUACCACAAUCGAUUUUAAAGUAUUUUGCUAUUGUCGUUGGGGAAAGUCCCGUGCAUGAACUUGUAACAUAAAACACGGCCGUAAUGAAAACUGCGACGGUAGAAUACCGGACAUUCGUGAAUAAAAACACAGUUUGUAUUUUGCACAUGA